AUGGCGCUUUUCAGGGCCUCCACCAAGAUCACUAUUGGCAACGGAAAGCUUACCUCCUUCUGGCACGACAACUGGUGUGGACGGGGCCCCCUUUCGACUUGGGCGCCUGACCUUUUCAAGAUCGCCUCCAGGAAAAACCGCACUGUUGCCAAAGAGUUGAGCGACAACAACUGGAUCCGCUCCGUCAACAUGAUAAACACACCCACGCAGCUGGCGCAAUAUUUGGAGCUUUGGGACAUCAUCCAAGCCGUCAACCUGGCCCCUGAGCAACCAGACUCCAUUUUAUGGACUCUCACUACCGACUCGACUUACAGUGCCAGCUAUGCUUACAAGGCACAGUUCUUCGGUGGUUAG